GGUCGUGUCGUGCUAGUGUGUACCGGGACUUGUUCUUAAUCCAAAUUGGAUGAGUGGACGAUUUGAUUGCUGCGGUAGUUUGGAUAUCAGUUGGUGGAAAACCGUUCUAGUGAUCGGACGUGAACAUGAGUUUGACAACGUCAACGGUGAAAUCGAUCGCUUCGACUCCGUUUUCGAUCAAUGACAUAUUAACACGGUCGCGAGGAGUAGACGGUGAGCGAAGAAGUUCGGUAGAAUCAUCCGGUAAUGAAGAAGAACUUGGCGACUUGGCUAGGAUGAAGUUCUAUAAAAGUAGUGCUAAUGGAAACAGCCCACGGCGAGUUGAUCAUGCGGAGUUUUAUGGGAAACUGAAUAUGGCUGCCUACUACCAUAACAAUAACAAUAAUGGUUUUAAUUUGGCCAGCCUGCACCCGUCGCUACGGCGAGGAUCACUGGAUUGUUAUAUGGUUCCGGCGGAACGUGUUGAAAAUAAAUUGGCGACACGGUGUCAAAUUGAUACCGGUGGAUGUGAAGGGGAACGGUUUGAGAAGAGAGUUGGCAGUGGUACCAGUGGGAACGAGUCGAGUGAGUGUUACCGGAUGAAAGCCAGAAGGAACGAGAGCCCUUUGGAUAUGCGGCGGUCGGCUGAAAAUGAUUCAGAUUGUGACACGCCCUCUCCAUACGGUAGCCUAUCACUCCACAACGGUUCCCUCCCAAGCGACGACGUCCCAACGGCUACGAGGAAAAAGCGCUCCCGGGCGGCAUUCAGCCAUGCUCAAGUAUUCGAGCUGGAACGUCGCUUCGCCCAGCAACGCUAUCUAUCGGGACCAGAGCGGUCGGAGCUAGCGAAAAGUCUCAGGCUCACAGAAACACAAGUGAAAAUCUGGUUCCAAAACCGUCGCUACAAAACCAAACGAAAACAAAUCCAACAGCACGAAGCCGCCAUACUGAGUGCAACAAAGCGCGUUCCGGUGCAGGUGCUCGUCCGGGAAGAUGGCUCCUACGGACCGGCGGCUGUUCUGGCUGGGCAACCACACUACGCCUCCGGGUUGGAUCCUGCACUUUUGAACGUUUAUCGACAUCAGAUACAAAUGGCCUACGGAAUGCCAGUGCCACCGAUGCCCUUCUCCUACUUUUAUCCGUCCAAGUUACCGGGUACGAUCCCCGCCAUGGCUGCGGCUGCUGCUGUUGCAUCGAAACAGCCACUCAAUUUCUCCACUCGUUCUCCACCGUCAGAUUCGGGACCCGAGGGACAUGAGCGACAUUCGUCACCUUCGGCUCUUUCGAUGGCGCAGAGGGAAUCAGCGAAAAAUGAUGACGAAGCAUUUUUCCAACGAGACCGGAAAUCGGAAGAUCACCGGCGAGAAAGAUGCAGCAGUCGUGAUUGCGAGAUGCUUUCGGCUGGCGAGGGUGAAGAAAACGAAAAUGUGGAAAUCGAUUGAAAAUGUUAUCGUUUAGCUACAAAGAUUGAAAUCCAAA